AUGGGCUUCGCAUCCGGAAUCUUAAACCUCACCAAUUCUCCGCUCGAAGAUUGUCGUUAUUCUUGCUGCCUUUUUUCUGUCGUUCUGGCCCACCCGGAGAGCCAAGAAGUCAACAGCUUCCUUUGUCCAAAGUAUCUCUUUCCAUGCAAGCGUUAUUUGCUGGCUGAGUGCCCGGACCUUCCGUCAGCCCUUGGAUCUCACCUUCCUCUUCUGCUGGCCCCAUCCCCUAUGCUCACGGCAACCUCGAAAUUACCGACUCACCUCUUUGCACUUGAGCAGAGUGCCGCAGCAGCAGACGAUGUCCUCCUGGCCACCGGACAACACAACGGCUUGGUCGGUAGAUUUUUCACCUGCCCUCCGGGCACGAGAAUGAAUGACCACGGCUAG